GUUUCUGUUUAGGCGUAAAACCUUGCAUUUCUGCGUGAGUUCACACAAGUCUAGACGGAUAUUAACUGUGAUAAAACUAAAACAACAACUCAACGGAUUUCCUCGAACCGCGAAAUUGUAUGGCGCGAAAUACUAUCUAUAUAGCAGCAGCCAAAGGCUUGCCCGACUCCAUAGAAGAGAAAUGGUGAAUGUGUGGUACAAUGCCCGCCAUAGGUUCUGUGCAACAUCUGAUCGUAAUCAGCAAAAGAAAAGGAGCUGCAUCUACAAAAACGGGUUGGAAUUUAUGCAGAGGAAGUACACGACAAAGCGCUAUCCGAAAGCACGUCACCUCCUAGUCAUCAUUUCUGUCACUCUUGAACAAGCCAAACCAAAGGGUGUCCCAUAGUCGCGAUCUCUGCAUGUAGGGGCGGAAAAUGCUGACCAUAGCAUGCUCGCGAAUGUCGAUAGGGUUAUGGCAUGCUCCAGCCCCUGUAGCUAUUGUGAGUCCCGCAGUAACACAGUUACAAGAACUGCGUAUGCGAUUUAAAAAUGCGCGCAGAUUUGCUUCCGUCUUUACAGAUCCUAAGCCUGAUACCAUUCUCGUAAAUGGAACAAAAUAUCAAACUGAUGAUUGGACAAAUGUUACCCCAUCUAUUCUGCAGCAUCUUCAAAAAAAACUGCAUCUACGCGAUAAGCAUCCCAUGAACUUACUAAAACAGCUUAUCGUAAAUCACUUCAACAAAAAACAUGUCAACAGAAGGGGCAAUCCGAUCUUUUCUGUUUACGACCAACUCACACCAGUCGUCACCACUGAACAGAACUUCGACUCGCUACUUGUACCUACGGACCACCCAUCGCGUGCGCGAUGUGAUUCAUACUACGUAAACCAAAGCCAUAUGUUACGAGCUCACACGUCAGCCCAUCAGAGAGAUCUCAUAGCAUCUGGACUAGAUGCAUUUCUUGUUAUUGGCGAUGUGUACCGUCGUGACGAGAUCGAUCGAAGGCACUAUCCAGUUUUUCAUCAGGUGGAAGGGGUUCGUUUGUUUACCAAGGACCAAUUAUUUAAGACACAAGCCGAAGAACUUGCAUUGUUCGAAACUGUCUCGUCCCGCGCACAGCUGGAUAAUAAACAAGCCUGUCACUCAAUGGAAACAGCUAAGAUGCUCGAAUUCGACCUUAAGAAAUCAUUAGAGGAGCUAGUUUUAGAUAUCUUCAAGGAAAAACUCGACUUCCGAUGGGUGGAUACGUAUUUUCCCUUCACUCAUCCGUCGUUUGAGCUUGAGGUCAAACUUAACGAUGUUUGGGUAGAGCUUCUUGGUUGCGGUAUUAUAGAACAGUUACUGCUGAGAAAUGCGGGAGUUCACGAAAAGGUGGGUUGGGCAUUUGGUAUUGGUCUUGAGCGAAUCGCUAUGUUAUACUACAAUAUCGAUGACAUUCGGACUUUCUGGAGUGACGAUCCGGGCUUUCACGCACAGUUUAAUUUCACUGAUCCCAAUAAGAGGAUCUCAUUUCAUCCUCUCUCGAAGCAUCCGGCCUGCAUAGCAGAUCUGUCGUUCUGGAUACCUGACGGUUUUCUAGAAAACGAUUUUUACGAUAUGGUCCGGUCAGUAGGGGGCACUCUAGUUCAAGAAGUUUCUCAAAUAGACGUGUUCAAGCACCCAAAGACAGGCCGUACGUCUCAUUGUUACCGUAUCACGUACCGUCAUAUGGAAAAGACACUCACGCAGGACGAAGCAAACGAAGUGCACUGCGCCAUCGCUAGUCAAGCGCAGGAUGUCUUGUCUGUAGAACUUCGGAAAAAAUAAAGAAAUUUUCCAUUCAAUAUUAUCAGGCUAGUACAUUGAAUGCGGUAAAAUCGGCUAAUCUACUAUGUCAUGUAAAGCUGUGGAAAUAUUAUUGGAAUAUUACAAUGAUUAAUUUAAAAAAAAUUAAGAACUUUAAACAACUUUAUGCCGUAAAUUUAAUUGAAAAUUGAUGUAUUUAGAAUUAGUUAAUUAAUAAUUAAGAACAGAUUAAUUUAUUAUUAGCUGUUUAUUUAUGAACGGUUAUCAUCACAAAUGUCGAAUAAUAUGGGACGUCAGGAUAGUAUUUGAAUAAAGGAUGUAUAUAAAUACUUAGUACUUGGACAAAAUUUCGAGAUGUCCUGUCCUGUAUUAUUACAGGACUUCAGGUUCGUAAAUUUAGUCGUUAAUAAUAAUAAUAAUGCUGAUUUGACAGAAAGUGAGUUGCGCGAUAGUGACCCUGAAUUGUAAAUAAAUGGUUGACUAGAUUGA